UGCGGUCGCAAAGAUUCUUAGUAAAACUUUUGGUGUUUGAGCACCAUGGGUGGCGGAAAGAGCAAGGGUACUUGCGAGGGCACUGAUUCCACCUCGGAAGAGGUCAGUGAGUCGGAGGAGUCCAGCGCCGACUCCGAAUCCUCCAGCCUGGCUGUCCAAAAUGGAGAUGCGCAAGAGGGCUUCUGUGCGAGGCUCAAGCUUUGCUGCUGCUGUUCGGCCUGUGGAUGCUCCCCGAGAGAUCACCCAUCGGGGCGUCGGAUGCUGCACCAGAAGGUCUUGCAUCCAGAGACUGCUGGGAAGGACGUCCACGAGUUCUUUGACUUUGAUGAAGGGGACAUCCUGGGACAGGGUGGCUUUGCAACAGUGUGCAAAGCUGUGGUGAAGCAGACCAAAGCACCCCGGGCAAUAAAGAUCAUCCUCAAAAGCAAAGUCCCAAAUGAAGAGAGGUCUCAGAGGCUUCAGCGUGAGAUUCAGACGCUUUUUGCCUUGGACCAUCCGAACAUCAUCAAGGUCUUCACCACUUUUGAGGACGCCAAGCAGAUCUACUUGGUGAUGGAGUGUUGUGAGGGUGGCGAGCUCUUUGAUGCCAUUAUUGAGCAGUUGAAGAUGUCGGAGUCGGACGCGGCCAUCAUCAUGCAGCAGAUCUUCAGGGCUUUGGUGUACCUCCACGAGAAUGGCGUCUGUCACCGGGAUCUGAAGCCGGAGAACUUCCUUUUGUCGAAGAAGGGGCCCAUCCGAGACAACACUUUGAAGAUCAUCGACUUUGGCAUCUCUGCUCAUUUCGAGCCUGGACAUCAUCACCACGUUACGACUUUCACGUCAAAAGUGGGCACGCCCUACUACGUGGCUCCUGAGGUUGUCACCCGAUUCCCGAGGUACAACGAGAAGGUGGAUUGCUGGAGUGCUGGAGUCAUCAUGUACAUCCUUCUUUCCGGCAUGUUCCCCUUCAAGGAGGAGAGGACCAAAGAUACUCUGCAGAAGGUGCUCAGCGGGAAGUAUGGCUUUCCGCCCGAAAUCUUCCAGAAGGUCUCGAAGGGUGCGAAGGACCUUAUCCGAAAGCUCUUGCAAAAGAACGUGGACCAACGGCUCUCCGCAAAGGAGGCGUUGAGAGAUCCAUGGAUUACCAACAGCGCGCAACAGUCGACUCUGCCGCUCUGCCCUGCCGUUUUGAGCAACCUGAGGAAGUACAGCGCUGAACAUCGUUUGAAGAAGGCAGCUCUGCAACUUCUGGCACGGCAGCAGAAUGACGAUGUCUUUGAUCAGCUGAAGAAGCAGUUCAACGAGCUGGACGAAAAUGGAGACGGCAUCAUCACCUUUGCUGAGCUCAAGCAGGGCAUGAAAAAGGCGGGUCUUGCCGGUGGCCUGAGCUCCAAGGAUCUCCACAAUUUGGCGCUGGCCUUGGAUGCGGAUGGCAGCGGUGAAAUCGACUACACCGAGUUCUUGGCCGCUGCCAUGGAGCGCAAGAGCUUGGUGCAAGAGAGCUCGGUGUGGGCAGCUUUCAAGGUCUUUGACAAGAAUGACGACGGCCGCAUCUCCAAGAAGGAGCUUGAAGAAGUCCUGUCCUCCCAAGAGGUGAGCAAUGCCAUUUCCAAGGCACAAGUUGACCGGAUUGUGAGGGAGGUGGACACCAACGGUGAUGGCUUUAUUGAUUUCAACGAGUUUAUGGCCAUGAUUCGGUCAUAGGUGCACGACUUUUGCUACAGGUCCCUCCAGCAAUACCUGCGUUAGGACCGCAAUGUCAACGUCCUUGAUCAUGUGAAGCGUGGAAGGAAGGAGUAGCAGCUCGUCCGCGCUGCACACAAAUGGAUCAGAAGCUUCAGAUUUGCCCGG